AGCUUAAGGUAUCUUUGCGCUCGGCUCUGCCGAUUAGCGUGGUGUGCGCUUUGGUGCAUCCUGGUUGGUCUUUCUCCUGGGUUCUGGGGUUCCUCUUCUACUUGCAUUCCCACACCCUGCUGGUGCCUGGUCUUGAAAGGAGGAGGGAUUGAGUGUUUCGAAACUUUCUGAUUCGUCCUUGGAAGCUUUGCUACGGAGGCGUCAGACAGCAACUUCGUCGAGUUCGCUCAUCACUGAUAGACAGAGGCUAGGAACUCAAGGUAUCGGGAGCAUUAGAUUGGCAAACUAGGGUUUCAUUUCUCUUUGUAAGCUUGCUCCUUUACAGCUUGCAAGGUUAUAGCCGGCUCGUCUAGACGACUUUGUGUUGAGGCGACCGCUUUCUGCCUUGGGUACCGGAUUUCUUCAACGCCUUUCCUGCUCGAACAGCUUCUGACUUGCGUUCUGCAAGUUUAUCACAAGCCCAGAUUUGAUUCCAGCCCCUGCGGUCCCUUGUGGAUUCGGGUAUUCUUUGGGUUCUUGUUUUUGUGUAAAAUGGCAGCACGUUCAGAUGCCGCUUGCCUCAAUGAGAUUGGCGAUGAUACAACGUGCCAACGGCUCGACAAUGUACGAUCUUCCCUCAGGCGAUUGCUUGAGGCACUGGAUGCUAUGCAUACGGAUGGAUUAGUUCAUGGAAAUCUCACUUGGAAACACGUAAAAUGUGAUGGCGAAAUUUACGAGAUACUGGAUUGCAACGGAGAAACGCUUAUCUCACGAGAUCGCGAUGAUGGAAGUCCGCGAACCUGCGACCAAGCAUCGCUCUGGAAUCGCCCUCCAGAAUUGCUUGUGCAGGGCGUAGCUGACUUGCUGCAUUGUAGGACUGCCACACCUUCAGCGCAAGCUGUGGAUAUGUGGGCGGUUGGCUGCAUGCUUGCGGAACUGGUGAAUGGCGCUCCUUUGUUCGAGUCGGCGGAAACCACGUUUGAUCUUCUAAGUCUUCAUUCUCUUUUGAAGACACGGCUUGCGACAGAGCUGCUGGACAGAACGGUGUCGACGAGCUUGUUGACGGAUCGCUGUGCAACCAUGGUUUGGAUCUGUUGAACAACCUGUUGUCUUGUGACUGGCGUAUGCGACCCCUGCCCUCACAAGCUUUGAAACACCCUUUCUUCUCUGAAUGUGCUUGCACGCGAGGUCGACGGCUUGAGGCUGUUGAGCAGAGAAUAGGGUGUUUUGAGGAACGCAGCGGAUGUACACGUGAGAACGAGAAUGAGAAAGAGGGCAGCUCAGAUGCUCGAGUGUAUCAUUCUUUCUUGAGUGCAGAUCUGCAGUCAGGUAGCUCGUACUCGUUUCCUUUGGGUCUUCAGGCUCUAGUUGAUGAGCGAAAGAGGAAGCGAAAAUUCGAGGUUGAAGAUGAAAUUUACCCUCGUGGACCUGAGGAGUGGAUGAAACGGCAAUGUUUCCGUGAGUCUACUCCGCCAGGGCCAGAGAUGGAGGGAAGAAGUAGAUAAACGUUUAACUUGUCAAGUAGAUGUGUUGGUUGUUGAGUGAAAUACUAGUUACAUU